CAAGCGGCCAGAGGAGUGAGUAAUGGAGCGCAGAAGUGUGGCCAAGUUUCACCGUGCUUCCGAGGACUUCAAGUCGGCGUCCUGCCCGGCCCUAAUCGCCCUUAUCGACCGCCGAGGUACGAUAAUGGCUCACGGGGACACGGAAGUGACGCGGGAUGACGUCACAGGUGUCUCCAUUUCACCACCAGUUCCGAUCAUUUCUGCCACGGAUGGUGACGCGGACACAAAACGGGGUCCAAACUCAGAACGAGGCUCCGCAAUGGACGUGGACAAGAUGCUGGCCCACGCCGGCGACUUCGGGCGCUACCAGUACCUUCUCAUGCUGCUCUUCUCCGUCAUCAACAUUCUGUCCACUUUCGACUAUUUCGGUCAGCUCUUCAUCUUCGUGAAGCCCGAGUACUGGUGCCACUUGCCCGAGCUGGCCCACCUGCCCCGGGGGGACGUGCGCCGGAUAUGGAGCCCGCCGCAGGACGCCUCGUGCUCGCGUUACGACACCAACCUCACGACAGUCGGCCUUGUCAAUGGAACGCCGGACUGGAGAGGCACGAACUGGACGCUGCGGGCGUGCGACUCCGGCUGGGACUACAACCUCACUGACGGCUACCGCAGCAUCAUCAGCGAGCUGCACUGGGUUUGUGACGACAGCUGGAAGCCCGCAGUGGCACAGUCUAUGUUCUUCGUGGGCUCUGUGCUGGGCUCACUGGGGCUGGGAGUGAUGUCGGAUCACGUCGGCCGCCUGCCGGUCCUCAUCCUGGCCAACAUGCUGGCCCUCGCGGGCAACGUGGCCACAGUGUUCACCUCAGGACUGCCAGAGUUCGCUUUCUGCAGGAUGGUCACCGGUCUGGCCACAGACAAUAACUUCGUAAUGAUGUACAUCAUAGUACUGGAGUACAUGCGGCCAGACAGACGGACGCUGGGGCUGAACCUGUGUAUCGGUGUGUUUCACACGCUGGCGUGUAUCGCCGUGCCUUGGGUGGCGAUCUGGGCGGGUUACUGGCGAUUAUUUCUGCUGAUGAUCACAUUGCCCAAUAUAGUGGUCCCUGGGUUCUAUUUCUGCGUCCCUGAGAGUGCCAGCUGGCUGCUUAGCAAGGGACGCGUACAGCAGGCCCUUAAAUGCUUCAGACGUGUAGCAGCUUUCAACGGAAGGACGCUGCCCCCGGAAGUCAUCCAGACAUUCGAGAGGUCGGCCAAACUGAGUGUUCCGCAGGGAACGGGAAACCUGUUGGGCCUCUUCAGGACGCCGCGCCUCAGAAGGAAAACCUGCAUCCUCAUCUUCAAAUCGAUGGUGCUGACGCUGUGUUUCGACGCUAUCUCCCGCAACGUGGAUGGGCUGGGCUACAGUCCGUUUGUCAUGUUCAGUAUGACCUCGUUGACCAAGUUCCCCGCCUCGCUGGUGAUCCUACUGCUACAAGACCGCUUGGGGCGGAAGGCCAUGGCCAGCGGCUCUCUGCUCAUGAGCGGCGUGUUCACCAUCGCGUCGGGGCUCGUCAUUGCCUUUGUGGGCGCUAAGAGCGUUCCUAUGGUGACCGCAGCUUUGGCUGUUGUUGGCCGGUUCGGGGUCAACAUUGCCUAUAGUUCAGGGGCACAGUACGCCGCAGAACUGAUCCCUACCGAGGUUAGGGGUCAAGGAGUGUCAGCCAUCCACAUGGUGGGAUAUGCUGCAACCUUCUUCAGCUCCCAUAUCCUAUACCUGGCAAACUACUCGAGAGCCAUCCCAGAGCUAGUACUGGGGUCUCUGUCCAUCAUUGGAGCUGCGCUGUGCCUUCUCCUGCCAGAAACACUCCACAGAACAUUGCCAGUUACCCUGGGGGACGGAGAGGCGUUCGGAGAAGGAGAGGGGAUAUGGGAAUUCGCUUGGUGCCAGAAACCGGACAAGAAAUGCCAUCAUCACAACAGUGCUGUGGACCUGGUGUCGUGACCCGAACUACUUUUGUGGCGCCCAUGACCUCAGGGACUAGGACUUCAGAGCAGUGAUAAAAGAAUCGCUCUAAACUCUGCUACAGGGUGUUCUCUUUAUAAUGCAACCAUACCUUACGGGAAUGAUAAGAGAGAGGUAUUCCGAAAUAACGCCUGCCAUUCCCGGUACAAAUAUUGCCCAGUACCCGUCAUUCCGUUAGUUAAUAAUGAAAGCGUAACGGUAUUGUGAAGUGACAGACCUUACGCAGACAAAUAUCAGUAUUUAGGUUGGUCACUGUGAACGUUUGUUAGAAGGAGACCUUGUAAAGAAGCCCGUUUUGUAAGGUUACAUUCUAAAAAGAUUGCUCAUAUAACGGGUGAUUCAUCUUUGAUGCCGCAGUAUUUAUAGCGUGUAAUCUUCACUGGCAUCAACAUUUAUGUUGUUAUGGCACCACCAUCUCGUUCGAGGGGUGGCAUAGCAAUGGGGGGAGGGUUAAAAUGACAUGACGUGCUCUUAAAAGACUCACAAUUUCUUUUCCGUCUCUAUCGCUGCCUCUUAAAUGCAAAACAACAAAUGGAUACUCUGUAACAUUGACAGCCUUUCUGUGUGUGGAGCCUUAUUGACGGACCAACACAUUUUUCAGUUUGUAACAGAAAAUGAAGGUUUGGAUAUUUUGGGGUCACGAUGCCCAAGAGAAAGGUAUGGAAUUUAGUAAAUGGGUGGUUAUACUUUGGAACAGAAUGUGUAUCCAUUGCAACGUGAGAACUGAAUUCAAUUUCGAGGCAUCAGACAUCCCAAAAUUUCAGUCGACUAGUUUAUGAGGUGGAAUUAGUAAAUUACAAAAUGAUCAACAACGAUGCGCACUGUAGCCGCCCCUUUAAAGAAAAUCCGAGUAUAAGUAAACAAUUCAUGCAAUGGGAAAACUGUGAUCUGCAAGUGAUCUUUGACCGACUUUCGAAAGUUUAAAGUUCAAGCGAGAUCAUUUGGGUAUAGAUUCCAAUAAGUAUAUUAUACAGAAUGGUCUAAAGUCCCAAUCAUUUUGUAGUUUUCUUUCUUCAAAUCACGAAACGAUUUUUUAGUAUGUAUAGGAAUGUGAAAUUUUCUUUCGAACUCUUUUCUUAUUUCUCCAUGGAUCCUAAGUGAUACUAUUAUCAAACAUUCUUAUAUUCAUUAUCAUUCAUUAUAUUCAUUAUCAGUUGUGUUCUUAAAAUAAAGGUACUGUUGUUUAAAUAAAUUAAAUUGGAACCUUAUAGAGUCCGUGUGUUUUAAUGGCCUGCCUCAGAAUAGUUUCGGAUAUUUGCUAAAGAGAUCGCUUUGUUCUACAAUGUACUAUUGGUUAUGUUUCGAUCAUUCACGCUAUAAACAGGCAAGUGUGGCGACAUUUGUUAUUAUAUUGUUGAAGGAAGACAACAGAGGGCAGACCUGUCUCUGAAAGAGUGAACUGCAUGGACAGCGUGCUGGUGCUAUAAUCCAGAACUGAAGAAAGUUUCACGUACUAUGAACUGAAAAUGGUCGAUGAGUCCUCCCCAGAAUGCAUACAAGUAAAC